CAUUUUUUUGGAGAGAGGUCGGUGGCCACUGGCGAAGAAGAAGAAGAAAAGAGGGAUCGAGGAGAAAAAGCUAACAGAGAGGCUCUGGAUUUGGGGGAUUUCAUUUUCCAGACGUGGCGAUUAGCGACCAAGGCGCGACCGAUUUUCAAAACUUAGGUCUCACUUUAGGUUAUCAGUAUUGCUGUGUUUUGACACUAUGAUAUAAGCUCUCGCUAUUUGAUAUUACGCCUGGAAACCAUCAUUCAAAAACUUUCUUUUGAGCUGCCCGCAACAUUCUUCUUCCUGUUUUUUCUCUACAUUGAAAGCAUCAGAUUAGCUACAUUAAUGGACGCCCAUGUUGAAUCAUCCUACCUAGUAACCAAACUCCAGUCGUCUAAUCUCCAAGACAUCUACAAGCUAUCCUUAAGUUACUUGAACCCGUUUACAGAUUUCAUCUCUUCCGCCGCAGUAACGAAGCCGCCUGUCAAACCGAAGAAGACAUCAAAGGCGGCUGAAGAGACCAAUCGAUCAAAUCUUCGUUCCCUUGCACAGAGAUUUAUCCCCUUUCUUAAUACUGCUCUUUCGAUUAUCCCUAAGCGUCUAUUAGAGAAGCCAAGGGUUGUAGAUGAUCAUUCAAGUAAUGAACUGUUUAAAACAUACGAGUUGUGCUUGAGUUGCUUGGGAUGCGUUUCUUCCCAGUUAUCGUCCAAACCCUACUCGGUUCACUUGCAGAGGGUUCGUUUGAUGCUUUGUUUAGUGAAUUGGGAGCGAUAUGUAAAUGCUGAAGAGGAGGGGUUUUCUAUUUUGGAGGGUUUGCAAGGAAUUGUCAAUGGUUCGGAAGUAAAAGUAGUUAAGAAGAAGGGAAGAUUUCUGCCCGAGUUGAAGGAAGAUGUGGAUAGCCAUUUUGCUUUCACGGUGGUACAGAUAGUUGAGACGCUGAUAACGUGUGUUUCUUCCAGAAACAGUAGAGAGACAGAAGACUACAGAAGAGUCAUUGCACUGGUGGAUGAGUGUACACCAUGGUUUAGGGCUUUGGAAGCAAAAUCUUGUGACAAGUUUCAAAGGUUGAUCGCAAAAGAUCUGAAACAGUGCACAUUGUUUUUGAUAGAAAAUUAUCACAGCUUUGACACGAAAUUGGUCAUUGACAUGUGGUUAGCAACAUUUACUGUAUGCUCAACAUCACACACGAAACUCCUGUUGCCGAAGAUUGCUCGUGAGAUAUGCUCCUCUUUGUUUGCUCAACGAGUCAUCAACUCCUCACAACUAUAUAGCAUUCUACAGGCUAUAAUGGACUCCAUAUUCCAUGCUUAUAAGGUUGAUAUGGAAUGCAAUUCAUUUGAAUUUAUCGAAUUCGCUUCUUAUUGUGCGAAUGAAUGCCGGACUGCUUCUGUAAGUUUGUGCAGAGCUCUUGGAGAAUAUCUAAACAACUUAGCAGGUGACUUUUCUCAGAGGUUGCCAGUUGUUGAACUGAUUAUGAACGUUUAUGCCACUGGACUGUUGGUUUAUGCUUGCUUUGAACAAUCAAGACAAGUUGAUGCCACUACAAAAAACACCUUGAAAGACAUAUCUAUGCUUGGAGUCUUGUUUGAUGAUGUUAACGCUAUUCAAAAUUUAACUACUGUGCUUAAUAAAUUGAAAGCUUGCUUUUGUUUUGGCAUUAGUGGCAACCAUUUUUUGUCAAUCAACUGUGAGCACCGUUGCUCAACAAGCUCAUUUCGUUUGAAAAAGGAGUCUUGUUACAAUUCCUCUUUUUGUGAGCUGGAAAACAGGAAUUUAUAUGUGAAAUCCUACUGUAAUGCACUCAGAUUCUUGUGUCAGCCACUUGCUGAGCGUGUACAUUCAGAAAGGAAAGAGUUAGUUGGAGAAAUUGAAGCUAAUUCUGUGAUCAAGCUAAGAGAUAUCCAAGCUAUAUUGUGUCACUUCUGUGACGUUUUCCAUUCCACUCUAAGUGAACUUGAGUUUGAGAGCAACUCAUUUGAUGAUACCAGCAAAAUUGUCCUUAAUGUGAUAGUAGCUUCACUUACACUGUCAUACAAAACUAAGCUUUACACAAAGGAAAUUCGGAGCUUUGUCAAACUUAUUACUUCAGCGGACUGGAUACAACCCACUAGACUGAAAUAUCUCUCUGUGUAUCUCCACAAUAUAGGUGUUACCCUGUACAGGGACAAACAACUUGAAGAAGCUUCAGUAGCAAUUAAGUUAUGCUGCAGAGCAUUAUGGGCUCGUGCUUUACAGCUCUGCAAGAGUUGCAUGGACAUAUCAAAUCAGCACAAUGGUGAUAUGUCAACUGACACAAUUUCAGAUUUUGUUGCUGAAGCCUCUGAUGAAAGUGCAUUUCUUUUGCAAAUUCAUCAUUCUGACGACCUUAAGAGUGCUAAAGUAAUUAGAUGUAGUCUGGAGAAUUGGUCUACUGUGCUAGACAUAAAAGACGAAUUACCAAGUCUUGUAGCUUUGAUAAAGAAGUGGGUUAAGAUAGAAUGUAGGCAUAGUGCUGAUGGUGCUAGGUCAUUAUAUUCUUUAGUAUCACCUUCUGCCACAGUAUCUAUAAGGACUCUUGGAAUUAUACAGGAGCAGGAGCUUAUAGCAUACAGAGAGAUGAAUAAUCUGAAUCCAAAAUUAUGCAAGAAAAUGCGGAUAGAUAUAAUGGAUCUCCUUUUACAAAAGGUGUAUGUUACACAUGACACUUGCUUAAAGAAGACGAAGAUUCUUAUUGCAAAAGGACAGGAAUUAAGUGCCCAUGGGACUGAUGACCUGAAUGAUAGUAUUAAAUGCUUGUCUGACGCAUUAUAUCUUUUGAACAAUAUUCAUGGUGAAAAAGAUUUCCAAGACCAUGCCGUUCAACAACAGAUAGCAGUUGCAUAUUCUUUACGUGCACUCUACAUUCAGAAGGCCCAACCAAACUCAAAGCCAUGUCUUGAAGAUAUUCAAGCUGCACUUGGUAUCUGGUUGACCUUAGAUGGUACCAAUGUGGACAAGCAAUGUGGUAUCGUAUUAGACAAUUUGUUGGUUCUAUGCUAUCAUAUUCUUGACAUGUUGACAAUCAAGGGUUAUACUCAACUUCAUCCUGAGAUCUAUGAAUUAUUGAUCAGGCUGAAUAAAUGGAAGAAUCUAUCAGUCGAUAAGUAUUUAGGCAUCUUAUGGGAAUCUAGAAGGUUGGGUCAUGUUGCAUGUGCUUCACCAAUCAGUGAGGCAUUUAUUAUGGUUCUGUCACAACAUUGUGGUGAACUUUCUAAGUCUAUCCAUUUUUGGCUUGAUUGCUUGAAGGGAUCACGACAACUAGAAUUGGGGUUUCAACAGAUGUUUUAUUUUGUAUUUAGUAAGAUAUCCCAAGUUUCUUUUUGCGAACAAGAUCUUUCCUCGGUAGUCUUCGGGAUCGAUGAAGUUAAGGCUGUUGCUUUAGAGCUUGCUUCCAGUGUUCCUUUUUAUUCCAGUUCUGCAUUUCUUGCUGCACAUCUUUACCAUGACUUAAGUGGAAGGCUGAUUUCAACUGGACGACUAUGUGAGGGUCUUUUAUUUGCCAAGGAAGCACUUCGUUUGCGUCAUAAGCUUUUGCAAGAAAAAUUUAUUUUUUCUGUAAAGCAGCAAACUGCAAUACACAAUGAGAAUGGGGACACUGUUCAAAAGGGUGGUUGCGUUCUUGAUAAUUUCCAAUUUCUUAGUGCAACACCUACUGUGAUUUGGUCUUCUGACAACCUUUCGUACAAUAUGGAGAGCCUUGUUCUUACACCAUGGAAUGUACUUCAAUGUUAUCUUGAAAGUAUUCUCCAGGUUAGUGUUAUACACGAGAGUAUGGGCAAUAGAUCAGAAGCUGAAAGUCUUCUAGUUUUGGGGAAAGACAUCUCAUGUUCUCAAGGCUUGCCAUUUUUUACCGUUGCAUUUUCAUGUAUUCGUGGAACAUUAUAUGGCAAACAACGACAAUGGGAAAUGGCAGAUAAGGAACUUGAAAGUGCGAAGCAAGUAUUAGAAGAUAGUUCAUUUGUAGUCUCUUGCCCUAAGUGCAAAUUAAUUAUGGAAGUAAUGGUCAAUCAACAUAUUGCGGAUCUGUAUAGGUGUCGUUCCAGUAAUGCAAUUGGAGGGUCUCUUUGUGCUGAGAGCUUAUCUUCUGCUGAAAAUUUGUACAAAUUAGCUUUGGAUAAAUUAAAAUCAUUUGAUUGUAAAAACUCAAAAUGUCAUAUGGAGGAAAGUAUUCCAAGCAUUGAUGAGACUGAGUAUAGCAGUAGCAAUUUGCUUACUAGAACGAAAAUGGUUGACAAACAAUCUUUGAAGGAAAAGAAUGCAUCAACAUCUUCACAUUUCAGGCAAGGCUUUAUCGAAGAGAAAAAAACAAGAGUAAUUCGUUCCACAAGCUCUCUUAGAAGAAGUGAAAGGAUUUCCAGGGAUGUACACAAACAUGCUGAUACAAGUCCUUGUAGUGAUCAAGUAUGUGGUAGGCCCAGAGUUACUGGAUCAAGAGGACAACUAUCAGAAAAUAGUUCUUCUUUAAAGGAUGCAACUGAAGCAAUAUGCAUUUGCAACAAAAAAAAUUGUUGGCAUUGCCUCCUUGUUGACAUUGUUGGAUCUGGUUGCAUGGAAAAUCUACUGUGGGUGAAGUGGGAGUUACUCAGAAGACAGGUCUCAUUUAGAAUUCUAAGAAAUAUAGGCAAAUGUUAUGGAAUUCGUGCUGAAUUUAAUGAAACUCAUGAGAUACUUGUGCAAAGCAUAUCUGUCCUUGUCAAUAGGAAUGCUUUUUCUGUGUACUCUCCUGUUGUCUUGGUUGGAACCUUGCUGGACCUUGUUGAGAAGGAUAUCCCAGAAGAUCCAUUUGCCAUUGAACGUGCAACAAUAUUAUAUGACCUUACUUGGUUUAUCCUAAGGAAUUAUCCUUUGAAACAUGCCAGGAACGACCGUUACAAGUUUUUAGACAUCCCAAUCCCAAGAAUUGUGGCUUUGCUGAUGCGAGCUUUUGUUCUUUGUUGUGAGGUCCCCUUAAUUCUCCACAAGGUCUCUCAGUUGCUUUGUGUCAUGCAUGUCCUUUGUGCUUCAGUUAAGUCAUUUUCUCUGCCCUUAGCUCAUUGCAAGGUGCUAUCAGUAAGUCAGUGGGCAUCCUAUUUCCAUCAAGCUUCACUUGGUACACAUCAUAACCACCAACAAUUUUCUUGUAUGAUGAAUCAAAAAGGUCAAAGCCCUUGGGAUGUUAAGGAUCCUUGUCAAGAAAUCUCAGCUUUCAUCAAAGUGGAUAGGCAUGCUAUGCUUAGGCAUAAACUUGAAACCUUACAAGAUCUUGAAAGAUCUGUAUCAAAUUUUUUCCAAGGACUUCCCUGCACUCCAAUAAUAUGUAUUAGUUUGCUUGGGGAUGCAUAUGGAAGUUUAUUGACUGAAUUGUUGGCUUCUCCUUCACCUGUGCUUGCUUGGACCAUGCUCACUCGCUUGAAUUCCAAGUGUCAACCCGUGGUUUUACUUUUGCCUGCAAACAAAAUUUUGGAAGAUAAUGAUGCAAAUUUUACCGCGGAAUGUGUUCCUGAAGUCAAUUGCCCUGUUAAGCGAUGGCAUUGUCCUUGGGGUUCUACUGUAGUUGAUGAUGUUGCCCCACCUUUUAGACAAAUAUUGGAGGAGAAUUACUGUACAGCUUCAAAUGUUUCCACAGAUACAAAAUUUACUAGAUCGCUUUGGUGGAAUCGCAGAAAGAUGCUUGACCAGCGCCUAAGUAAACUUCUCAGGGAUAUUGAAGAUUUAUGGCUGGGUCCUUGGAAGUGCUUGCUUUUAGGUGAGUGGUCUAAUUGCAAGCUUUUGAAUCCAGUAGAAAAGAAAUUGAUGCGUGAUUUGAAAACCAAGUACAAACUAGAUGUACAUGAGAGUCUAUUGAAAAUCAUCUUAAGUGGUACAAAAUAUUAUGGUGGAGAAAUAGAAGGUACUUUGCAGCUAAUUUUGAAUAAAGGUUGUUUCAUUGGUGGAUUGUGGCCUGAUGAGCUGAAAAACGAAAGUUUAUGCAACAAAUAUGGUGGGACUGAAGAACUUGCGAACAUGGUUUCAAAAUUAAUUCUUGAAGCUUCACAAGAUCUUGUAACACAAGAGUCCCUUACGAAAGAGCCAUUGAUACUUGUUCUGGAUUUUGAAAUUCAGAUGCUUCCAUGGGAAAGCCUUCCAGUAUUGAGAACUCAAGAAGUCUACCGCAUGCCUUCAGUUGGCAGCAUCUAUACUACACUGGAAAGAUGUCACACACGUAAUGAGAAGUCAACAGCUUGCGUGGAUUUUCCCCAAAUAGAUCCAAUGGAUGCAUUUUAUUUGUUGAAUCCUGAUGGAGAUCUUACUCACACACAACUUCAGUUUGAAAAGUGGUUCAGAGAUAUGAAUUUUGAGGGAAAGGUGGGAACUAGGGCUACAGAAGAAGAGUUGUCUAAUGCCUUAAGGGACCGUGACCUCUUUUUAUAUUUUGGACAUGGAAGUGGUUCACAGUACAUUUCUCGUCAUGAAAUUCAAAAGCUCAGAAGUUGUGCAGCUACACUUUUGAUGGGCUGUAGUAGUGGAUCUCUAUCAUUAGAUGGUUGCUAUACUCCUCAAGGUGCCCCUCUUUCCUAUCUAUUAGCAGGAUCUCCGGUUAUAGUUUCUAAUUUGUGGGAAGUAACCGAUAAGGAUAUUGACCGAUUUGGUAAAGUUAUGAUUGAUUGUUGGUUGAGAGAAAGAUCUGAAAAUUGUGAUGGAUUAAGUGAGGAGCUUAAGGGCAUGCAGAUUGGUGAAACAAAAUUAAGUACUAAUAGAAAAAGUACAAGGAAAAAGACGACUGAAGCUUCUAAUGUUGGUUUAAGUUGCCAAAGACCUAAGUUAGGCUCGUUUAUGACUCUGGCUAGAGAGGCUUGUACCCUUCCUUUUCUUAUUGGGGCAGCACCUGUUUGUUAUGGUGUUCCUACUCAUAUAGUAAAGAAAAAAAUAGAUUUGUUGUAGUAUUAUACUUUUAGGGUUUGGUCGGGUUUGAGGGCUUUUCUGUAUGUAAUUUUUUACCAAACACACCAUAUAAAAUACAUUAUUGGUUACAUAUUUUUCUCUAUUUAUUUUGCAAUGGCUGAUAAGACUUUAACUUCUAGUGAGUUAGAUACGAAUCUAUAAGGUUUAGGGUUGAGAAGAUGAUUAAAAGUUUGCAAAUGCAACUAUAUCAUGGUUGACUCAUUA